UCUAAUGCUGCUGUCAACAGGACUCAAGAGUCCACACUGUAAACUGGAGAUACUGAGACUGUCAGGCUGUCAGAUCUUGGAGAAAGGCUGUAUUUUUCUGGUGUCUGCUCUGAACUCCAACCGCUCCCAUCUGAGAGAGCUGGACCUGAGCUUCAAUCAUCCAGGAGACUCAGGAGUGAAUCUGCUGUUCACUGCAAAGGAUGACCCAAACUGCAAACUGGAAACUCUCAAGAUUGAUCAUUGUGCAGCGUAUCGACUAAAACCAUCACCCUAUAGGGAUUUCUGUGAGCAUUCAUUGGACCCAAACACAGCAAACAGGAACCUCUUACUGUCUGAUGACAACAGACGAGUGAUGGUGGUGACAGAGAAGCAGCCGUAUCCUGAUCAUCCAGAGAGAUUUGACCACUGGACACAACUGCUGUGUAGCGAAGGUUUGACUGGGCCAUGUUACUGGGAGGUAGAGUGGAGAGGAGAGCUUCAUCCAGCAGUGACUGACAGAGGAAUCAAGAGGAGAGGAGACACGAGUGUAUCUGGACUGGCUGCUGGCACUGUGUCCUUCUACUGCCUUCCAUCCAGAGGGUCUUGGAUCAAACGAAUCCACCUCCACACCUUCCACUCCACAUUCACCCAACCCCUCUACCCUGCGUUUGGAUUUGGACUAUCAACUCCAAAGCUGUGGAACAACAACUUUUUGUGGAUAGUGGACGGUCUGUAG